AUGCCCCACGCUCCGAAGCCUAUCGCGGAUGCUGCAGCUGCUAAGAUGGGCGAUGAUUGGAAGAUCACGCCACGGGCGCUCAAUGUGAAUGAUUCCGUGCUGGCGCAGUUUGAGGAAGAUCUUGCAACCGUUCUUGGGCAUCAUGUGUUCAGUGAUGUGCUACGUAUGAAGCCCGUUGCUAUUGACUCAGAUGCUACUCAUUAUGAAGCUGGUCACCAGGCAGUGUUUGACAAGGAGUCCUACAACAGUGCAAUUUCUACGCGAGGAGUCUACCAAUGUGCAGGAAAUAUCUUCUGGUUGAAUUUCUCUCGGCUGAUCAGCUCGCAGGGUGUGCCAAUCAGCCCCCGUGCCAUUGAACAACUGAAGAAAUCACAUUUCUCCUCGCCAGAAGUGAAUCAGAACAUUGUCAUUGUGCCGGUGCAGCCCGGCUUGUCAUACAGGGACCUGAAGAACCAGUUCAACAAUUUGGUCAGGUGCUCCCCAGAAGAAAUCGAAUUUGCACUCAUCAGCCGCAUCGCAGAGCUGGUGAGGUCAAACGCUGAUGAGGUUCAGUUGACGGCUUGGCGCACUGUCUGUCUCACGACGACGUUCAGCUUCGAGAUCCUUCGAAGUGAGGCUGCAAUCUAUUGGAGGGCAAUCAAUGCACGUCGCCGCACCAUUGCGACGUAUGAUGCUGUUGCACCAAGCCCCACUCAAAGAAUUUUCCAGCUGAUGACUUUCAAAGAGUCUUACGAAGCAACACAUGGAACGCUGAGCAACAGUGAGCUGGCUAGCAUCUACAACACGAACCUGCAGGAGAUUGACAGCAAAUUGGAAGAUUCAGUCUCAGAAAAUUGGGUGGACACCGCAGUCAAAAUCCACCGUCGGAUUUUCUCCCAGCCAGACCUCUUAGAUGAAGUUCUUCGGGAUGAAGCGCAGCAUGGGAAGGCAGGAAUGUUCCAGACCUCCGCCCUUGAAGAGAUUUGUAUCAAGGGGAAGUCCGGAAAGGGCGACAUCUAUUGGAUCAUGCGCAGCAUGCGCUUCAUUGUCGAAGCUGGUCAGCUCAAUCCAGGUGACUUCACUGUCCGUUUCCUGUGCGGGGCCAAAUCCAGCGGAUCGACGCAGAAGGGCUUUAUCCAUCUGUGCUUGAUGAAGCACGCAUUGUUGCGCUGGCUAAUGUCAACAUGGCUGGAACAGUCUUCAUAUGACCCAGAAGCCAAGGAGAGCAAACGACGAAAGAGUAACACAACACGACCAAGAUAA